AUGCCGCGCACGCACGCCGGCCACCACCAGCACGCCCUGCCCCGCCGCCGCCGCCUCCUUCCGGUCGCCGCGGCGGCGGCCGCCCUCGUACUCCUCGCGCUCAUCAUCCUCGUACCCACCGCGCCGCCAGGGGAACCCGCCGCCCUCCUCCGCGCGGCCAUCGCCGCGCACCCGUCCCCCGCCUCCUACGCGCACCCAUGCGCCGACCACCUCUCGCUCUCGCUCCACCGCCUCCGCGCCGCCCUAUCCUCCCUUGAGUCCGGCGACCUACCGGGGGCGCUACACCUCGCAUCCGCCUCGCUCCAGUACCAGUACGACUGCUCCCACCUCCUGUCCAUCCCCGCCUUCCCCUCCUACACACUCACCUCCCGCUUCCUCAAUUCCCUCACCCCGCAGGCUCUAACCGCGGACCCCAAACCCUACUCCACCGCCGCGGCCUUCCCGGCGCGGAUCCGUCCGGCAGCGACCGUCUGCAAGCCAAGUCCAGCAGAGACGCCGUGCGACUUCUCCAACGUGCAAGAUGCUGUCAAUGCAGCACCCAAUUAUACUCAUGCCCAUUUCAUCAUCACCGUCGCUGCAGGUAUAUACAAGGAAAACGUCAUAAUCCCCUACGAAAAGACCAACAUUCUGCUAGUGGGCGAGGGAAUGGGGGCAACCGUGAUCACCACCUCACGGAGCGUCGGGAUCGAAGGGCUUGGCACCUACGACACCGCCACCGUGGCUGUUACCGGCGACGGGUUCCGAGCGAGAGAUAUCACAUUUGAGAAUACUGCAGGGGCAGGAGCUCAUCAGGCGGUUGCAUUCCGGUCGGACAGCGACCGGUCGGUGCUGGAGAGCGUGGAGCUCCGAGGGCACCAGGACACGCUGUACGCUCGCACAAUGCGGCAUCUGUAUCGGCGGUGCCAUAUUACCGGAACUGUGGAUUUCGUGUUUGGGAACGCCGCGGCGGUGUUCGAGGAGUGUAUGAUUAAGACUCUGCCGCGAGCAGAGGGAUCCUGGAAGACUGCACGCAACGUGGUGGCGGCGAACGGGAGGAUCGAUCCAGGGCAGACGACGGGGUUCGUGUUUCGGAACUGCACGGUGGAUGGCGACCGGGAUUUCGUCGUGCUGCACCGGUCGAAGCCGCAGUCUUACCGGCUCUAUCUGGGGCGUCCGUGGAAGGAGUAUGCGAGGACGCUGUAUGUAAGCUGUUAUCUGGGGAAGGUUGUCAGGCCGGAGGGGUGGCUUCCUUGGCGAGGGGAGUUUGCGCUUGGGACGCUGUAUUAUGGGGAGUUCGACAGCCGAGGUCCUGGCGCAAAUCACACUUCCAGGGUUGGGUGGAGCAGUCAGACAACACAACAGCAUGUUAGAUUGUACUCAGUGGAGAACUUCAUUCAGGGACAUGAAUGGAUUGGAUACCAAAUGUAGGGCAAAGUUAAUGUUUGGAUUGGUGAAGCUUCAACAGGUAAAUGCAAAAAAUAUCCAACCUGAAUCGCAAGUAAGGAAUGCUUCCAGGGAUCUGGAGUCAAGUAUCCAACUCUAUUGACUUGGUACAUAACCCAAACUGAUCUGGUUUCUGUUGUUCCUUUUUACUCAUAGUUUUUAGCUUAGACUUUCGCUUGUACAUUCAGCUACAUAUUUGUAACUACAUUAUAUUUAUAGGGUAUAUGCUGAAUUGUUUCUGAAUAUCAAGAAACUUAUUUACGCUGCUCCCUGCAUUAUAAUUACCAUGUCGCUGUCUCUUAAUUUGUUGUGUUGUAAUCUGCAUGUUUUUUUAAUCAUUUGCUCACAGAACAUGAAGAUCUUAGCCUUUCAGGAUAAGAAAAUUACAUGUUUUGUUCAUGCUAACUUGACAAAACA